AUGGGGAAUUUGAACCCACCUGCUGGACCGGGCCCUGAAUGGACUAGCGAAUCUCAGGACAAGAUCAGAAAUUUUGGAUACUCCAGCCACGGCAACCACAACUCGAUGAGCUUAUUACGGGCCGUAGAGCUUUAUGGAGAUCAGGACACGAGCUUAGUUGGCUCCUCUACCACAAACCAGCCCCCGUUUCCGACCGAUGCAGACCGCAAGUACAGGGAAUUAGUCCGCCAGCUACCUCCGCAGCCCUGCGUCGAUAUCCUGGUCCAAACGUUUUUCUCCGAUAUCAAUUGGCAGUAUGACCUGCUCGACGAGGAAUCCUUUAGAGAAGACUUGGAUGCAUGGGGAAAGAUCUCAUACUCUGACCUUCAAGUGGGCUUCGGAAGACUGGCGCUGGGAACCACUGUGUUUCCAGCAUUACUAUUUCAAGUCCUCGCACAGGCGCUUCUUUUUCACUCUCCUCAUGAUGACAUGAUCAAUUCUCUCAUUACUAUGGCUGACAUGACCUUUCAAGAUAUUGGGGCUGAAUACAGCGAUAAGGGUGCUGAGUUACUCGCAGUUCUGGGGAAAAAGGAGAUCACAAUCGCCACGGUCCAAGGAGGUGUGCUACGUGCCUCGUUUUUGAAAAGUAGUGGCAAAGUUGUUGAAGCCUGGCACACACUUGGGGCAACGAUCCGAGAUGCGCAGGAAAUUGGCCUACAUACCGGACAAUUUGUGUCAGGUGGGCCCGGGCGCGAGAGACAAAAUAUCAGUCUCGUUGGUCACAGAAUUUGGGUGGUCUUGCAUAUUUGGGACAUCCACAUGGCCGUCGUUCUCGGUCGACCGAUUGCCACCGAUCUACAAAUAGAUCGCUUCGCUUGCACUAUAGAGGACGAAGAAAGGCGGCGAGACUUAUUCUCGCAUUGGCAAACCGAGACUGAUCUCCCUCGACCGUUUGACCUCAUCCUCGCCGGCUUUAAUGUGGCCUACCGAUAUUUCAAGGAUGUUCACAAACUGGAACAUAACGGUGCCAGCCCCCAAGACUACCCCAUGGUCGAACACAUUCACGCUUCAAUCAAGAUGAAUUUAGAGCUUUUACCAUCUUGGAGCCGGAUGGAAAACCCAGAUACGAAGUUCGAUCAAAUGCAUGGGUGUCAGUGGCUACCUGUUGCCCGAGAAGGGCUGUCUUCGCUCAUCCACCUUGUUAUUCUCGCACUUCAUCGACCCUACGUAUUCUCCGUUGCCAACAGUCGCACAGAAGCCCUCAAAGCUGGCAUAUCCAUUCUUCGUGCGCAGGAACGACUAUUUCAACAGUCACAGCCGCACCACUGCAAGGUGUUUAAUCCGGUCUACGCUUCGUUCGAUGCCAUUGUGCUCCUUGCAGCACUCUGUCUUGUUUUUCCGAAUGAGAAUCACGAAAUACGGGAAGAGUGUAUUCAAGUUGUUGAAAGAGGGAUGCAAAGGCUGGGCAUCAUUGGUCAAUUUAAUCCCAUGGCAAAGUCAGCACAUGGCGUUGUUUGCAGCUUGUACCGUCGCCUAAGGCAUCGGUUCGACAUCUCCGAAACCGCUGAUGGCGCCGGACCACUUUUCAGCAACGAAUGGAUCUCUCCCAACAGCGAUACAUUUCUCUAUAAUGGGGCACCGUUGGAACUCUCUUUUGAUGCUGUUCUGCCUCCGCGCCCAACCCAUGACCUAUUCUACAAUCAUAUUUCAAGUACACAAACCCCCUUCAUGGAGACACCGAACAGUUUGCCCUUUGACCCGCUUACUGUGGGCAUUAUAGAUAGUUGGAAUUUUGAAGGCGCCUUCUCAGAUGCCAGCUUUUGGAGUUGGAUGAACCAGCCUAAUCAUUGA